AUGCCCAUUAUAAGCCCCCCAAAACACCAGAAGCUAAUCCCCUUCAACAUCCCCGCCGUGACUGGCUCCGAAAUAGACUAUAUCAACACCGCCAUCCAAAACGGCACCCUCACGUCCAACGGCCGAUACACCCGUCUCUGCCAAUCAUGGUUAGAACAACACCUCUCCUGCAAGAGAGUCCUCCUGACACCCUCCUGCACCGCUGCUCUCGACCUCGCCGCAUUGAUCCUGGAUAUCAAACCGGGGGAUGAGGUUAUUCUCCCGAGCUACACGCACCCAUCGACCGCAAACGCAUUCCUACUCCGCGGUGCAUCGUUGGUAUUCCUGGAUAUCAUCCCGGAGACUAUGAAUAUAAACCCGAAACGACUUCAGGAAGCGAUAACUGAUCGAACGCGCGUGGUGGUUCCAGUACACUACGCCGGUUUCGCAUGUGACAUGGACGCGAUCCAGGAGAUUGUGCGAGGACGGGGGAUAUACAUCGUCGAGGACGCGGCGCUGGGACUCUUCUCCACGUACAAAGACCGUGCCCUCGGGACGAUGGGGCAGCUGGGAUGUAUCAGUUUUCAUGACGGUGAGAAUAUCACGUCCGGAGGACAGGGCGGUGCUCUCCUCGUCAAUGAUCCGGCGCUGAUCGAGCGCGCGGAGAUUAUCUGGAAUAGAGGCAUGAUGCACGACGCGUCGUUUCGGAGUACGGAUGAAAGCGUGGAUACGUGGCAGCUGGUCGGGGCGAGCUAUAUCCUCAGUGAGCUGCAGGCGGCAUACCUGUGGGGCCAGCUGGAAGGUGUAGAGGCGAUUCAGAUCCAGCGCCAUCGAAUUUGGAAUCUCUAUUGGAAGGAGUUGGAGGAGUUGGAGACUCAGGGGAUUAUCCAGUUGCCGGCUUUACCGCCGCAUUGUGAGCAUAACGCUUGUAUGUUCUGGAUUAAGGUCCGAGAUGUGGCGGAACGAAGGGAGCUCAUGGAAGCAUUGAAGGGGGUUGGGAUUAGUGUGUUGCCUCACUAUAGUCCUCUUCAUACGAGAGGUCCUGGUGUAAAACACCGGCAUGUUAUGGAUGAAGAUGUGGUGACUAGGGAGAGUGAGCGCCUUGUUCGCCUGCCGAUAUACUUUGCCUUGACUUUGGAAGACGCUCGAUUUGUGAUUGAUCAAAUCAGACAGUUUUACUCUUCUGGAAAGGUGGGGUGA